AGUCCAACGAGAGAUGAACUACUGGGCACUAGCUGCUAGCUAAAAACAGAUAAAAAUAAUCGCAGCUGCCCAGCCUGUCUGGUUAUAGUGAGGUAGUUACCAGGAUGGAGGAAUAGGCUCACUUGCGUAACCUUAUUCCGUGCACGGAGCGGAGAUGUAAAAACGGAGGCCUUUAAAGUUGAUGGGCAAUUCAGCAAGCUAGCUUGCUGAUCUUGGCAUUAAGGCGGUGCCUUGUGUGCCUGGCCAGCUCAGUGAAAUAUGUUUUCUAAUUUAAUAUAACGUUACAGCGAGUACGAUUGGUGUGUUUGGCAUGGAGACCUGACUAUGACUGCAUUUUACGCUGACCGAUUCAUGCCAAGAUCCUUACUUUAUCUAGUGAUUUUGGCUAUGUAUCUGGUGACAAUUCCAGUACAAUUCAUGGCUGGUUUCACAUGGGUUUUGAACAGCUGAAGCUGUCUGCGUUACUCACCACUUGACCUUUGUCUUGGGUUGGCAGUAGAGGCUACUGCAAGAUGCACUACAAAGCAAUGUAGAACAGAUUAGUUGACCUAAACCUCAUUCACAGUAAUUUUCCAUUACGCUUCCUCGACACUCUUUUUCUCUGUAAUCUAGAAACAGCUGUGGUAAUUGGGCCAUCUAGGUUGUUCCGUUUUCAUUUUUUUAUAUUUAUUUUCUUUGAUAUGUCAUAUACAUACGUCGUGGACAAUUUAUUUAAAUAUCGGCUAAUCCAGCAUUGACAAGUUUUGUAACUUGAAAUGUUUACGCUUUUUAACAGUGAACGUUGUACUUCAGUUAUGCAUAUUCUUAAAACAGUUUCCCCAAAAUUGGACACCGUUCACUUAGCUAGAAAUGUGUCUAUAAUAAACUGUACUUCAUAAACAAUUUUUACAUACUGUCGAACCUAUGAUGCCUUUUAGGGUUUUGCUUUUGGCUGAAAAUGGCACUUGAUGACGUAGCUAUUGACCAAUCGUUUUGUUUUUAGCACGUUAAUGUUGUAUUUUAUUUGAUCCUUGUGUAUUUACAUGGAAAGUGUAACGUUAAUUUGUUCUAAUUUCAGCAGCACGCAUGUUAGAAGUACUUUAGGAUACUUUAUAUUUAAGUAUAACGCCUUGAUUACGUGUUUUUAAUAACAAAACUUUCCUUUUUUUCCUGUGCAUUUAGAAGGGGAAUAACUCCAAGUUUUUUCGCUUCUAUGCUUUUGGCAUCAUGUUUGAUUGUAGAUAGACUAACUUUUCGCCGUGUUUUACCCCUUAACUACGGGAAAGUUGUUUGUUAAGCAUUUAAUCGGACUGACAGCUUGUUUUCGCCGUCCGAGCCGCCCCGCCCCGCAGCGCCACAGACUCCGCAAAGGGCGUUCGUGGCCUCCCGCUCUCCGGGUCGAGCUGAUGACGGGGUGAAAAUGGCGGAUCUUUCGAAAUCCCAUCCCGGCCUGAAAUAGAACCGCGGCUCAGCGGGGCUCUCUCCCCCCCCCCUCCCCGACGCUUCGAACCGAUGCCUAGGUCUUUUUGUCCUCUCCCAACCACCCACCCACUUCGUUGGCUUCACACCGGGCGCGCGGAGCCGAAAGCCCGCAACCGGGGAGAUGCUAGCCGCUCCGCCGCAGGCAGCGGGAAGAUGAAAGGCGCGCUAGCCGGCUAGCAAGCGGCACCUUCUGCUCUUAUUUUUGGCGAUUUAGGCAGGACAGAUAUAAUUUCUGGAAUUCGGCGGCCUGAGACACUUGGGUAGACGGUGCCAGUACCUGGAGUUUUUAUUUUUUAAACGAACUAGCUGAAGUGCUGUGGCGGCGUCCUGUACGUCGGCCGCCCGUCUUAUGUGUGACAACGUCCCGUGGAAUCGCCCUCGUCGAGCGCCCCUCCGCGCAGCUCGGCUCCGUUUUGCCGGCUCUCUGUUGGCGGCCGUUGUUUCACUGCCGCCCCGGCGCCCGGCUGUGGGACCGAGUGGCUAAGCCAAAGGCUUCCGAAGAUGAACGUGGUGUCACCGGAGCUGAACAGCCUCCUUCCCGAUGAGAUCAUGGACACGGAGGCCAUUGUAAUGGAUGAGGAGCUCCCGGCUGAGAGCACUGUGCUCACCGGCCAGGCGGAGGCGCCAGCGCCCAUGGAAACAGAGUUCCCAGAGAUGGUGGCUCUGAAUGUGGUUGCCACGCCGACACAAAGGACGCAGGCCCUGACCACGUCCACAGCUACGGACUCCACCCUGGGCAGCAUCAGCACCGGGACCCAGCUUCUGCUGACUUCCUCUGGUGCGACAGUGCACAGGCCUGCCAUACCAUCUGCUGGCAAGUCUGGCAGCCCUGGGGUCAGCAGCGGGCUGCAGAAACUCGGCGCACCUUUCGCCAUCCCUGCCAACCAUCAGAUAAUUCUCAACAAGGUGUCCGCCGAUUCCAGGUCGCCCGCUCAGGUGCCCAAGCAGGAGGGACAGAAGCUGGUUGUCACCACCCUGCCCAAGGGGGGGCAGCCCAUCAUGCUGACACUGUCCCACACAGGGGCCAAGGCUGCUUCUGUGCAGGGCGCUGCCGAUGCCAAGGCGCCGCUGCAGCAGUUCAAGGUGGUGACCAUCGGCGGCCGUGCCGACCUGAAGCCCAUGAUGGGAGUGCAGGCAGUCAGCACGACCAGCCAGCUGCUGGCUCCUUCCCAGCAGUCCGCCCUGCAAGCCCAACAGCUGAAGACGGUACAGAUUGCUAAAAAGACUCAAGCAUCACCUUCAGGACAGAUGAUAACAAAGUUCAUAAUCACCAAACCACUCAACAGUAAAGGUCUAUCGGGUCAGACAUCCAUGUCGCCAGUAAUCCCAGGACGGGUGCUUCCCCAGAACCCCUCUGGAACCCCACCCCAGACCAUUGCCAGCUCCGAGACGGCCACCCCGCAGUCCUUGCCCAGCAGCAAGAUUGCCAUCUCUCCCCUCAAGUCCCCCAGUAAGCUGACUGUGGUCUCGGUGGCCUCCCAGGCCCCCAGCUCCCCCCAGAAGUCAAUGGCCCUGCCCAUCAACGUAGCCCUGGGCCAGCAGAUCCUUGCGGUCCAGCAGCAGCCUGCAGCCUCCUCCCCAGCCAAGGUGGUCUCCAGCAGCUCCACGCCACAGACUAUUAAGCCAGUGCAGACGGUGGCAGUCGGCGGGGUGGGCACACCUCAGUACAAGACCAUCAUCCCGCUGGCCACGCCCCCCAACGUGCAACCAAUCCAGGUGCCUGGCAGCCGUUUCCACUACGUUCGUCUGGUGACCGCAACAACUGCCAGUGGCACCGGGCAGACAGGAAGCCCCAACACAAACUCCCCCGCCAUCCAGACAGCCAAGCCGGUGGUGGUGAACACAGCGGCAGUGAGGAUGUCCGUGCCCCUCGUGCCAGCCCAGCCCAUGAAGCAGGUGGUCCCCAAGCCCCUGACCAGCAACGCCACCCCACAGGUGGUGACCAGCAGCCAGAGCCAGCAGCGUCUCAUCAUGCCCGCCACAGCCUUACCUCAGAUCCAGCCCAACCUCACGAACCUGCCCCCGGGCACAGUGCUGGCACCUGCCCCAGGGGGGGCCAACGUGGGCUACACAGUGUUGCCCGCGCAGUACGUCACACAGCUCCAGCAGUCCCCAUUCGUCACCUUGGCCAGCAGCACCAGCUUCUCCACACCCACCAGUGUCCAGACUCAGGCCAGGCUGUCCCUUAACGGUAGUUUAUCGACAUCUGAUUCUGCUUCAAGACCAAGAAAACCAUGCAACUGCACAAAGUCACAGUGUCUAAAACUCUACUGCGACUGCUUCGCCAACGGAGAGUUCUGCAAUAACUGCAACUGCACUAACUGCUUCAACAACCUGGAGCAUGAGACGGAGCGCCUCAAAGCCAUUAAGGCCUGUCUGGACCGAAACCCAGAGGCCUUCAAGCCCAAGAUCGGCAAAGGAAAGGAGGGUGAGUCAGACCGGAGGCACAGCAAGGGCUGCAACUGCAAGCGGUCAGGAUGCCUGAAGAACUACUGCGAGUGUUACGAGGCAAAGAUCAUGUGCUCGUCGAUCUGCAAGUGUGUGGGCUGCAAGAACUUUGAGGAGAGCCUGGAGAGGAAGUCACUCAUGCACCUGGCAGAUGCCGCGGAGGUCCGUGUGCAGCAGCAGACUGCCGCCAAGACCAAACUCUCCUUCCAGAUCUCAGACUUGCUGACCAGGACUACGCCAGCUGUCACUAGCGGCGGGGGAAAGCUCCCCUACACGUUCGUCACCAAGGAGGUGGCAGAGGCGACCUGCGAUUGCUUGAUCGAGCAGGCAGAACAGGCUGAGCUGACCAACCAGCCCCAAGCUGUGGCUGAGAGGAUGAUCCUGGAGGAGUUUGGCCGUUGCCUGAUGAGAAUCAUCAACUCCGCUGGCAAGGCCAAGGUGGACUGUUCCAUUAACUGCUAGGCCCCAAAGUCCAGCAUGUCCAGAGCAGAGGCCUGGGGCCUUCAGGACUAGGCUGAGUUCACCUCACUGAUCCCUAGGCUGGCAUUUAGCUGUCGGAAAUGUAGUAGAGAAGGCCUGCCUGGAGCCCCAACUUCACCAGCUGGCUCCAGUCACAAUGAUGUCAACGUUUGAGACGCAUGCUGGGGCAGCAGACUAGAUGGGGGGAAGGACAGAGACCCUAGCUAAGCUAACUACUAUGCCCAACUCAACUCCCUUUGGGGCAUAAGCCUGGGGGGACUCUCGCCAAACUCCAAGGGAAUGUAAGACUGCAGAAGUCGCUGCAUAGUCAAGUGACCUGGAUCUGUUUGCUUUUGGGAUGUUUUAGAGUGACCGUGUAAAUUUCCGAAGUAGAUAUUUUUUAUUUUUUACUUUUUUAUUUUUUCUUGUCCUCCUUGGUUCUCCAACCCCCCCUGCUGGCCGCCCCCCCCCCCCCC